AUGACAACCCAUGAAGCUAUUGAUUUUCUAAGGGAGGACUUUGACCUUACUGCACACCCAAAGAUGGUGUAUAGAGCUGUGAAGGAGGGAUUCAAGAGUGGCUGCAGACCAUUGAUCUACCUAGAUGGAGCAUUUCUUAAAACAUACCAUGGGGGACAACUACUUUCUGCUAUUGCACAGGAUGCCAACAACCGAUUUUACGUCGUUGCAUACGCAGUUGCAAGAUCCGAGAACAAAGAAUCUUGGAAGUGGUUCCUAACAUGCUUACAGGAGGAUAUUGGUGAUGUAGGCAACUACGGUUGGAAUUUUAUGUCGGAUCAACAGAAGGGACUGCUACCUGCACUGAAAGAGGUAAUGCCUGGUGCACAUGUUAGAAACUGCGUCAUGCAUAUGUGGAAGAAUUUCAUAAACCGAUUCAAGGAUCUGUAUAUAAGAGAAAUUGUGUGGGACUGUGCUAGAUGCAUAACCAUCUCAGAGUUCAAGAUAACCAUGGAAAGACUGAAAGUAGUGAACAAGGAUACUUGGGCCUAUUUUAUGAAAUUUGAACCUGCUACCCGGGUUAGAGCAUACUUUAGCCAUGGUCCCAAGGUCGACAACCUAAGAAACAACAUGUGCGAGUCGUUUAACGCAAAGGUGGUGAAGUACAGAAGCAAGCCCAUACUUACAAUGUGCGAGGAGUUACGGUGCUAUAUGAUGCGGCGAAUGGUUCAACACAAGAAACUUCUGGGGACUCAUGAAGGAAAACAGGCGCCAGUGCAAGAGAAAAGGCUACAGAGGCUUAUCAAACCAAGCAACAAAUGGGCAGCGGAGUGGAUUGGUGAUAACGAGCACAAACGGUUUGAAGUCACUCAAAAGGGAUCCAAAGUUGAUGUGGAUCUGAUCAAACACAGCUGCUCGUGUAACAAAUGGCAACUCACUGGUCAGUCAGGUUCCUGA